UUAUAACUAUAUACCAUUUGAGGCAAGGUUACAUUUUUUACAACAUCGCGUGUGGCGGUGUGAAUAGGACGCGGUCUUUAAUAUUCCACACGUCAAUAUAUCGUUAUUUCUCUAUUAAUCUUUGUCUACGUAAAUGUGCGCUUGAGGUCGAGAUAUAUAACCAAAUAAAAACUUAUUUAGCGUUCGUGUGGUGGCCGGUGAAAGUGGCCAAUAUCCACUCGGGCAGCGGCGCGAGACGAGCGCGGGCGAUUGCGCUACUGGAGCCCGACGUGGCGGAAGAAAGGAAACAUAUUGCUAACCUAUAACAAUAAAAUCUAAGCUACAAUUUAACUAAUUCGAUAUAUUAGAUUAGAUAAUUAGUGGCUCGAAUGACUACAGUCUUUCCAACACGCACUCGUGUAAUGCUGUGAAAUCUGUUUGAUGUUGUGUUUUGUUAUUUUGUUUUCAAUGUGUCCGUAUCUAUUGUCCUACACAAUGAGCAUAUUUUGGACCGACAAGCGAAGUUUAUUUGAAAAAUGCUGCGCUGCUGUGUAAGAUGACGUAGAUUAUAAAUAAAAUGGCGAAAAGUGGAGUGCCAAGUGGGGGCCCGCCUAGCUUGGAAUACAUGGAGGAUCCGUACUUCGUGCUGCCGGACGAUGACUCCACUCCGAGCUUCGAUGUGGCCGUGGACGAGUUGGACGAUCUGGAUGAUAUUGUGAGCUGGCCUCAGGACGAAACAGAUCGGGAGUGGCGUGCCCUCCCCGACCUCGCGGACUCAGGGCUGUGUAUAGAAACAGAAUUUUACGUAGACAACCGCCGCCGCCGACUGCGAAUAUUUAAGAAGAAAAUGCGGGAGGUCCGAGUACACUUUCAAGACUUAACAAAGCCAUAUCUUGCGAAAGUCUCCAGUCAUUCGAAUUAUAAAAAGUUCCUUGGAAUCACGCCCGGAGGAGAAGAAGCGCUCGGUGGCAGCGGCCCCGGCGCUGGAGAACCGCAGGUCAUAGACGAGCUUGAGGGACUGACCCCCGAGCAGGCUGAGCAGCUCAGGGCGGAGUGGAGCCGGGAGCUGGCGAGGGUCGAGGAAGCCAUCGCUACCCUGCACACUGUCUUGCAGAGCAAGAUUCGUCAAAGCUCCGAAUUGAAAAGAAAGCUUGGCAUCACCCUGUGGUCGGAGAUCACCACGGACGUGAAUCAGAGCCUGAAAAACGUCAAGGAGAGCCAAGUUUAUCAAACGAUAGAAACGCGAUUGGCCGCGGUCAAACAAGCUGUUACUGAAACACCAAUAUACCAAAAAACUGAAUCUGUGAUAAAGACGACGGCGGAGAAGACGACCUCCAUCUUCGGCGGCAUCACGGCCGGCGUCACCCAGAAGCUAGGCCAGAUGCGCAACUCCGAGUCCUUCCGUUCCAUAGAGGAGCGUAUGGGCUACGCUUAUGAAAACGUCAAGGGAAAAGUGGCGUCAAGGUCGAACUCGACCCACAGUUUCGAUACGGACGCAAGCCGCAGUGCUAGCGGGGCCACGUCUCCUACCAUCCCCGAGAACAAACCCCUGCCUUAAAACUACCCGCAAACACACACUCACACUCUCUCUCCCUCUACCACGCCCAUUCAUUACAUGACUAUCAAACUCGUAUCUAACCUUGUAAUGACAUAACUUUGUAACCUACUGUUUAAUGACUUAUAAGAGAAAUUAAACAUAAAUACAAAAGCAAAAAGUACGGUUUUUGAUUACACUUAUAACACGAGUUUGCAUGUCCUUUAAUUUAUUAGUUUCUUUAGGAUAUGUUUCAAAUAAUUCGGAUAUUUUGUGUACUCAAAGCCUAGUAAUUGUCUACGAUAUAACGCGCGCCAAUAAAAAGGCGUUGUUACGGCUGUUUUUGACAAACGGUAGAAAAAUUUGAAUUAAUUCUUAAAAUAUAAUACGAUCGAUAGAAAACGGCUACUUUUUAUAAAACGCUUCUUUAAUGGCGCGACUUCACAACGCAAGUGUCGAACUAAUAAUAACUAUUGACAAAAUAUAUUUUUAAAAUGUGAUGUUUUUAAUUUACAAGUAUUUAGUGCACUUGCGGAUAAUUAGUGCUUAUUCUAAAUUAGUAAUGCUGAUUGAUUGCAUAUUAAGAAGAGUCGAAGUGCAAAGAGUUUAAUGCUGAAAGUUCGAUGUUAUUGUGAUAAAUAGAUAUAUAGUAGGUAUCCGAUGUUUAAGAACAAGGUUUAUCAAUAUCGCGUUUCUAAUUACAUUUAAAUAUGUUUUAACCUAAGCGAAUCGGCGCUCUUAGGCGCUCGCGCAGCAUUUGUUUACGCAAUAGAUUUCUUAUAAUGAUUAGAGUGAAUUUAUCAGAAAGAUACCGAAACAAGCUAUAAGACCAUUCAAAAUAAACCAUCUUAUAAACAAAAUAAGAAUCAAAACUUGGUGAGGGAGUAGGGUGCCGUACGGCACUUUCGGUUUUGGUGUAUCUGAAACAUCUAAGGCACUGUCGAUUUUGGGAAGGUUCAUGUUAAAAGAAUGCUUAUAGAAAUUAAAAAAUGACAAUUUAAGCGAUUUGUUAAGCAAGUUGCAUAAAAAAAUCGAUUAAAACUUUUAUCAUAAAUUUUAUAAUAUUUUGAGGAAAUUUUUGAAGACAUUUCUUAUGAGUAAAGCGAUAUUCAGUAAACCUCGUUUUUAGAUACUGAAGCAAAUGUAGCAUAAGAGGACCACUAUAAUAUUAUUAUUGUGUAGUAGUACGUACUAGACGAAGGAUCAUAGUUCUAUAAACCCCACAGUAAUGGAUUAUUGUUCAGGGUCUUAUCUCACCUAUGAUUAUAAGUGUACUUUCCACAUCAAUAUAAAUUUUAUAAACACGACAUUUAAAAUUAUAACCGUAUUUGGCGUGGUAUAUUUUUAUUGCAUUCCUUGUAUUAUUAAUGUGG